AUGCCCAAUGAAAUCCUGGGCAGAAAAAUAACAUGGGGAAACUGGAUAAUUGUCAAUGAGUUUCUUCUUGUGGGCUUCUCAGCCCUGUCCUCUGAGCUACAAGCUCUGUUGUUUCUCCUAUUUCUGAUCAUUUACCUGGUUACCCUAAUGGGAAAUGUCCUCAUAAUCCUGGUCACUACAGAGGACUCUGCCCUCCAAAGUCCUAUGUACUUCUUCAUCAGGAACUUGUCUUUCCUAGAGAUAGGUUUCAACUUGGUUUUUCUGUCCAAGGUGCUGGGGACCGUGAUCAUCCAAGACACAACCAUCUCCUUCCUUGGCUGUGCUACCCAGAUGUACUUCUUCUUCUUCUUUGGAGCUGCUGAGUGCUGCCUCCUGGCCACAAUGACAUAUGACCACUAUGUAGCCAUCUGUGACCCUUUGCGCUACCCAGUCAUCAUGGGUCACAGGGCCUGUGCCCAACUGGCAGCUGCCUCCUAGUUCUCAGGAUUUCCAUUGGCUACUGUGCAAACCACAUGAAUUUUUAGCUUCCUUUUUUCUGGCCCCAACAAGGUGAACCAAUUUUUCUGUGACAACCUCCCUGUCAUUGCACUGGGCUGUGCUAAUACCUCUCUGUUUGAAUCGGAGGCUCUGACAGCCACUGUCCUAUUCAUCUUCUUCCCUUUCUUGUUGAUCCUGGGGUCCUAUGUCUGCAUCCUCUCCACUAUCUUCAGGAUGCCCUCAGCCAAGAGGAAGUGCAAAGGCUUCUCCACCUGUUCCUCCCACUUCCUGGUUGUCUCCCUCUUCUACAGCACUGCCAUCCUCACAUACUUCAGACUCCAGUCCAGCACCUCUCCUGUGAGCAAGAAGCUGCUGUCACUGUCCUACAGGGUGGUGACUCCCAUGUUGAACCCCAUCAUCUACAGCUUAAGGAAUAGUGAAGUAAAGACUGCACUGAGGUGGACCAUCCACAGGACCCAGGACCCUCAGAAACUAUGA